AUGGCUGGAAAUUCGUUUGCAAAUAUAAAUGAUGAACUCGCUUAUUAUAAAAGCAGAGUUUCGGAAUUGGAGGAAACUUUGAAUAAAACUCAGGCUGAACUUGACGAGGUUCAAACUUCUGCCCGAGAUUUCGAAGAAGAACUUAUGAAAGAACUUGAACAAUCUGAAAAAAUACACCAAGAGUUGAGAAGUAAAAAUGAAUCUUUAAAAAAUGAAGUUGAUGAGUGGAAGACAAGGGAGUUGGAACUUGACAACGAUGAUCUUGAACGAACGGAAAGAGCUGCAAAGAGCUCAUUGCAGGAUCUAGAAAACAAGUACAAUAAAGCUAUCGAACGAAAUGCGAUCCUUGAAAACGAAAUUGAAGGCAAAAAUCAAUUAAUCGUUCAGGUACAAAGACUAAAGGAUGAAUUGAGAGAUGUGAAUAUAGAGUUAGCUAUAAUGAAAAAUAAGGAAGACGGUGAAUAUGGUCCACCACCAACGUCUACUGCUGCUGCUGCACGAAUAUCUGCCAAAUACUCACAUUCUACAUUAGGAAAGACCGAUGCAUCAUUGGAUCCAAACUCGAAUCCCGUCAAGAUGGUACAAGAGAUGGUUGGCAGGGUCAAAAGUCUCGAAGCCCGUCUUGUUUCAUGCCGCUCUCUUGUUACUCCACUUCUCGCCCCCCCACCUUCAUAUUCAUCUUAUUCUACAACAAUGCCUUUACAUACUUCACCACCGCAAUCACCGAAAUUUCCUCGAGGCGAAUCACCCAUUCGUAAUGCAACAAAACAUCGACGUUCAUCUAUUCAAAAAACGAAAAUUCAAAUCCCUUCAUCUCUAAGUGUUGCG